AUGCGGAGUGGUGUUAAAGCAGAUCUACUUCGCUGUCUGGAAGCAGAUUUGCCUGAACAAAAUGGCGUGCCAGUGGUUGAUGCAACAAUUCUUGAUGGUGCAGCUGUGGUCCAAAUGCUGAAUCCUGGAACAUCAAAAACUUUUCAAGAAUAUGGUGAAAGAGUGUUUACACCGUACAUCGCUGCCCAAUUCCAGAAGAGUCACCGCGUCGACCUUGUCUGGGAUUUAUACCUACCUGCAAGCCUGAAGGCCUCCACCAGGCAGAAGAGGGGGAAAGGAACCAGGAAAAGGGUCGCUCCUUCCACUGCAAUGCCUAAGAACUGGAAGAACUUCCUUCGAGUCGAUCAGAACAAGACUGAAUUGUUCACUUUCUUGUCACAAAAAGUUGUUCAUAUUCCGCUAGCAGAUGGCAAGGAACUAUAUGCAAGUGAUGGAAGUGGAGUCCUCUGUUCUCCUGCUGAGUCUAACUUAGCCCGCCUUGCCCCGUGUUCGCAAGAGGAAGCCGACACUCGUCUACUUCUGCAUGUGGCAGAUGCUGUGCAAAAGGGGUGUACAAAGAUCACUAUACGAACCGUUGAUACUGAAGUAGUGGUACUGGCUGUGGCUUCAUUCAGCAAGAUUGGCCCUGAUGAGCUAUGGAUUGCUUUUGGCGCCGGAUCAAGUUUUCGGUACAUAGCUAUUCACGAAAUAGUUUCCACAAUGUCUCCCUCAGAAUGUCUCACUCUUCCAGUCUUUCACGCAUAUACUGGCUGUGAUACUGUAUCUACAUUCGCUGGCAGAGGAAAGAAGACAGCAUGGCAAACAUUGAAGUCUUUUCCAGACGUGAUUGACGCUUUCAGUGAACUCCUAUGCAUGCCAAAUGAGAUCAGUGAAAAAGCUUUGUUACUGCUAGAGCGAUAUGUGGUGUUGAUGUACGACCGAACCAGCGAGAGUACUAACGUCAAUGAUGCCAGGAAACAGCUAUUCACACAGAAGUCUAGAACUUUAGAAAACAUCCCUCCAACACAAGCUGCACUCAAGCAACAUAUCAAGCGGACUCGCUACCAGGCUCACUGUUGGAACCAGGCAUUAGUGAAGGAUCCAGAGAUGCCAGACCCAUCUGACUGGGGAUGGACAAGGGACACAACUGGGUGGCAGCCUCUUUGCACCACUCUUCCCGAAGCAUCGAAAUCGUGCCAUGAAUUGAUCCACUGCAGCUGUAAGAAAGGGUGCACUGGACGCUGCAAAUGUGUCAAAGCUGCUUUAAAGUGCACAGCACUGUGUGUCUGCUCUGGAGACUGUUAG